UUCAACAAUCAUCCCGAUUAUUCUUUGCUCGCUGGUCCUUGAAAUUAAUCCCUUAUUUCUGCAUUAACAAUACAAUCUUCUUUAGUAGUUUUUCUUUUCUACGGAUUCUUUUCCGUGUUCCCUCUUUUUUUAUUUUCUUCUAUGUGAAUUGUUUUGCAUGAGCAUGGGACUUUUUCACGUUUGUCUUUUCUCCCCCCCUCUUUUUCUUGCGGGUGCUUUUUCUUGCUGGGGGGGAGUGUAUCACGCUUAUUUAUGUGGUGGCAAUUAUUUUUCACUUUUCUUUUCUUCACCAGCAAUUACCAGAUUAUUUAUGUUGCCUUUUGGCGAAAAGGUUGCUGCAGAACAGUCUUUUGCAGAAGGGAAAAAAGAACAGUUGUUACCAUGGAUAUAGAUCUUAGGUUGCCUUCUGGAGGACAUGAUAAGGAAGUAGAAGAAGAACCUAAUGGAAUUGUUAAUAUGCUAGAUGGUGAAGAGAAACCACUCAAUGUAGAUGGAGUUGGUGGAAGUAUGGGAGAUGUUGAGGAAAAGUUACAAAUUGAAGAUGCGGAGGAUGUGAAUUCUCCCAUACAUGAUAUAGAUUUUAAAGACGUGACGAUUCUUGAGCCACUUCCCGGUAUGGAAUUUGGGUCACAUGGGGAUGCCUAUGCUUUUUAUCAGGAAUAUGCUAGGUCUGUGGGGUUCAAUACUGCGAUUCAGAACAGUCGCCGUUCAAAGACAUCAAGAGAAUUCAUUGAUGCCAAAUUUGCAUGCUCUAGAUAUGGCACAAAGCGUGAAUAUGAGAAAUCGUUAAACCGUCCACGAAGUAGACAAGGAAGCAAUCAGGAUGCAGAGAAUGCUACAGGUCGGCGAGCAUGUGCAAAGACUGAUUGCAAAGCAAGCAUGCAUGUUAAGAGAAGGUCUGAUGGGAAAUGGAUAAUACAUAGAUUUGAGAAAGAGCAUAACCAUGAGUUAUUACCUGCCCAAGCUGUAAGUGAACAAACCAGGAGGAUGUACGCGGCAAUGGCUAGACAGUUUGCUGAAUAUAAAAGUGCAGUUGGUCUUAAACAUGACUCCAGAAGCCAUUUUGAGAAGGGAAGGAAUAUGGCAAUGGAUGCAGGAGAGGCAAAUAUGUUACUUGAUUUUUUUGUCCAGAUGCAGAGUCUGAAUUCCAACUUUUUUUAUGCAGUCGAUGUUGGUGAAGAUCAACGCCUGAAAAAUCUUUUGUGGAUUGAUGCCAAAAGCAGGCAUGAUUACCCCAAUUUUAGUGAUGUUGUGUCUUUUGAUACUAGCUAUGUGAGAAACAAGUAUAAAAUGCCUCUAGCUCUUUUUGUUGGGGUCAAUCAACAUUAUCAGUUCAUGCUACUUGGAUGUGCUUUGGUUUCGGAUGAAAGUGAAGCCACAUUUUCGUGGGUCAUGCAAACAUGGUUGAAAGCAAUGGGUGGUCAAGCUCCGAAAAUUAUAAUCACUGACCAAGACAAGGUUAUGAAGUCUGUAACUGCGGAUGCUUUUCCAUCCACUCUUCAUUUUUUCUGUUUGUGGAACAUCAUGGGAAAGGUUUCGGAAACAUUGAAUCAUGUAAUCAAACAGAAUGAGAAUUUCAUGUCUAAAUUUGAAAAAUGUGUUUAUAGGUCAUGGACGGAUGACGAGUUUGAUAAGAGGUGGCAUAAACUGGUGAACAGAUUUGGACUAAAAGAGAAUGAGUUGAUGCAAUCAUUGUAUGAAGAUCGUAAAAAAUGGGUGCCUAACUUUAUGAAAGACGGAUUUUUUGCUGGGAUGUCUACAGGUCAACGAUCAGAGAGUGUGAACUCUUUCUUUGACAAGUAUGUACAUAAGAAGACCACCAUGCAAGAGUUCAUAAAACAGUAUGAAGCAAUUCUGCAGGACAGGUAUGAAGAGGAAGCAAAGGCAUCUUCUGACACAUGGAACAAACAGCCUUCUUUGAAGUCUCCGUCACCAUUUGAGAAGCAUGUGGCUGGGCUGUAUACUCAUGCUGUAUUCAGGAAAUUUCAAGUUGAGGUCUUGGGUGCAGUAGCUUGUAUACCUAAGAGGGAGGAACAAGUUGAUGCAACCAUUACUUUUAAAGUUCAAGAUUUUGAAAGGAAUCAAGAAUUCAUUGUCACAUUGAAUGAAUUGAAAUCGGAAGUGUCCUGCAUAUGCCGCUUAUUUGAAUUUAAAGGUUUUCUUUGUAGACAUGCAAUGAUCGUUCUUCAAAUCUGUGGCAUUUCUAAUAUUCCGUCGCAAUAUAUUUUGAAACGGUGGACUAAAGAUGCUAAGAGCAGAUACCCAAUGGGAGAAGGGUCUGAACAGGUGCAGUCGAGGCUGCAACGAUAUAAUGAUCUUUGUCAAAGGGCAAUAAAAUUGGGUGAAGAAGGAUCAUUUUCACAAGAGAGUUAUAAUCUGACACUUCGUGCUCUCGAUGAUGCUUUUGAAACCUGUUUGAAUGCUAACAACUCCUGUAAGAAUCUUCUGGAAGCUGGCCCUUCAUCGUCACCAGCUCUUCUGUGCAUUGAAGAAGACAUUCAAAGUGGAAAUUUGAGCAAGACAAAUAAGAAGAAGAGUUCAACUAAGAAAAGAAAGGUAAACAUGGAGCCAGAUGUUAUAACAGUCGGCACACCGGAGAGCUUGCAACAAAUGGAGAAAUUAAAUUCCCGACCAGUCAAUCUUGAUGGAUUUUUUGGUGCUCAACAAGGUGUUCAAGGAAUGGUACAAUUGAACUUAAUGGCGCCAACGCGUGAUAAUUACUAUGGGAACCAGCAGACCAUUCAAGGACUCGGCCAGCUGAACUCUAUUGCACCUACCCAUGAUGGUUAUUAUGGCACUCAACCAGCCAUACACGGAUUGGGACAAAUGGAUUUUUUCCGCACUCCAAGUUUUGGCUAUGGAAUUCGGGAGGAUCCGAACGUGAGAUCUGCCCAGUUGCAUGAUGAUGCACCUAGACAUGCUUGACAAUGAUCUUCCUCCCCCUUGAGAAGAGUGGCUAACAGCUUUGUCAGGGCGAUGGGACCUCAAUUUUAAUACAGAACAUUACAUCCAGAGUCGCUCACGGAAAUUUAGAGGAUUAUCUCUUGAUUGACUGUGUAGUAACCGAACUUAGAAGGGCAGCUGUUAACUUAAUCCUAUCCGGUCGAGCAAACUCUAUAUUAUGGUUUGCUGUUGUAGUUGAUUAUAGCUGUGUAUCAAUAGUUACUUACAGUAAUUAGGACCACUUAAAGUCAGGGGUAUGCUGUUCAGUAUGAUUGUAAUUAGUUCCAUGGUUGUGUUUGCGGCGAACUAGAAAAUAUAUGCCAGAAAUGGAAGAAUUCACAUCUA